AUAGAGCCCAGGCAUUUGAGUCAGGGCACACAUGCCUCAGCAGUGAGAGGUUCCACUCCCGUUGGCUGGCCAGCAUCCCAGUGCAUAUGCACAGAGAGAGAGCAAAAGAGUGAGAGGACUCAGAGUGAGUGGAAGAGAGGGAGAGGAAAGAGAGCAACCAGACAAGUAGACUAGAAAGUUGGAAGAAGAAAAGAGCCAAAAGUGGAAGAUCAUGGCGGAUCCAGUAGGCUUGCAGAAGGAACGGGUGCCUCAGACCGAAGUUUCAGAUGACGACGAGACUUCCCUGGUGGCUGCAGCGGUCCAGCCCGCGACCACCGACAGUGACGACGACAUUUCAGAGGAGGUGGAUCUGGCCCUGGCCGCGGGUUCGGGCACCAAGAGCGAGGCGCAGAUCAACGGGGUCAUGGUCCUGACCCUGCUCGACAAGAUCAUCGGUGUGGUGGACCAGAUCCAGCAGACCCAGAACGGGCUGGAGGCCCGGCAGCAGGACAUGGAAAACUCUGUGUCCAGCAUCCAGGGUGAGCUGGCCAAGCUGUCCAAAAGCCACACGGGCACGGCCAACAGCGUCAACAAGAUGCUGGACAAGGUGCGCAAGGUCAGCGUCAACGUCAAGACGGUCCGCACCAACCUGGAGAAGCAGGCGGGCCAGAUCAAGAAGCUGGAGAGCAACGAGAACGAGCUGCUGAAGAGGCGCAACUUCAAAGUUCUCAUCUAUCAGGAUCAGAAUAAGGCAGCAAAAGCCACGCUGAAGACCUCAGAGGGAGCAGAAACGGUGGCUGAGGGCGGCUCUGUUGAAGGGGGGCUGGAGCGGAUCCCUGAGGAGGGGGGCGAGGUGGCCCAUACCGGCAUCAACUCAGAAGAGGAGGUGGAGAUCGAAGAGAUCAUUGAGGAGUCCCGGGCAGAGAAAAUCAAACGCACUGGCAAGGCACGUGUGGAGAACAUCAAGAAGGCCUUCUCCAAGGAGCAGAGGGAAAAGCGAGCGCAAAAGACCAAGGAGAACCUGGAAAAAACCAAGCAGAAGACCAAGGAAAACCUGGAGAAGACCCGGCAGAAGACCAAGGAGAACCUGGAGAAGACCCGGCAGAGAACCCACGACAAACUGGAGAAAACCAAGCACAGUCUGGAGAAGAAGAUGGGCAAGUUAGGCAACAAGAUGACCCCCAACAUGGAGCGCAAGGAGAAGAUAAAGGGCUCCAAAGAGAAGCUGCAGAAGUCUCUAACCCCUGACCACACCGUCUACGCCCGCUCCAAGACAGCAGUCUACCGUGUGCCCCCCUUCACCUUCCAUGUGAAGAAGAUCCGAGAUGGGGUGGCCGAGGUGGUGCGCCCAGAGGGCAUGGAGAUGGUGGAGGUGGCCGAGAAGGAGACACUACAGGCAGGAGAUGGGGACGGGGAGGUAGCAGUGGGAGAGCUGGUGAGAGUAGGGUUUGCGCCAGAGAAGGCUGCUGUCCUAGAGUUGGAUGACGAGGAGGAAGAGGAAGACGAGGAGGAGGAGCUGGUGAGAGUAGACACCCCCGAGAUGGCAGCUCUCCUGGAGGUGGCAGAGGACCAGGUGGCAGAGCAUCUGGUCCGGCUGGAGAGUAAGAUGAAGACCACCAUGAAGACAGCCAGUGACUAACUGUCCUCCGGGUCCACCAAGGCUGACAGAAGGAUGCAGUGAAUGUAGAGAUGUGGGGGAGGAGACCUAGGAAGAGAAGGGAAUGAGAGAGACAUUUUUUAUGACAGUGAAACCGCAUGCAUGAUACGAACUGUCUGGACUUUGGUCACAAUCUGCUCCUCCUGUUUUAUUUAUAUUUGUUCUUAUCCAUGAAUUAUUUUCAAUGUAGCAUUUGCUGUUGUAGGCUUCAGGUUAGAACAAAGAAAAUUAUCGGAAAACCUGCCCUAUUUUAUUUAUUUUUUUCUUCAGCCCAUUUCUUCUUGGCUCUUAGUUCUGAAUAACUCUGCUAUUAAUCAUCACCGUGAAUAUAUCAACUGAUCUACAGUAGUUUAGGAUUCUGAUUGUUGGUGUCAUUUAGUGUAUUUUCAUUUUAAAUAGAAUCCCACCAGUGCUAUGGGUGCUCUCAGUCUGUGUGACCUGGAAGUAACUCUAAUUGCUAUGCAGGACACACUUGUACAGAGCAUUGUAUAUGGAAAUAAGAUAGUAACUUGAGGAUCUCUGAUUUGAUGGUCAAUGGUCAUGUGAAUACAUAUGCCAGUGAAAUAAUGUUUUGACCAAUUCCUGAAGAAGGUUUCAAUGUGCAUGAUGGAUAGACAUGGGCAAAGUCCCCUCCUUCACUGGUGAGUUGACAACUGGAUAAGGUAUUGAAAGGAAGAGAUUUAGAUAGAUUAAAUAUUGAUAAAGAUUAUCCUAAAGUUUUCAGUUUUCUAAAAAGAGCAUGCUGUAGCUUUUAUUUUUCAAUAGUGGACAGUGUGGACCUAACAGCAUACUCUUUUCAUUUUGGAAGACUGGGAACAAAGGUCAUGGCAAAUGCAAUAUUAGAGAAUAACACGGACAAACUCUCUGAAGGUUUCAAAUAGAACUGCUUCUGUGGGUGUGUGUGUGUGUGUGUGUGUGUGUGUGUGUGUGUCUGUGUCUGUGUGUUAUGUUUCAGUGUCAAUGGUGUAUGACAUUUUCUGAGAACUCACAACAGGAAGACAACUAUAGAAAGUACCUUUAACUAUUGAUAUAAAAUGUUUUUUAAUAUUUUGAAACCGAGAAUGAGAACAGAGGAUUAGUGAUGACUUGAAAUAGAUAGAUACAUUUGUUUGAAUCGUGUUUGCCUUCUUUAAAACAUUUCUGAUUUGAUUGAGUGAUGUCUGGAGGGAACAAAAUGUUCCCUCUUUCUGACUUAACCAUUUUGUGUAACCACAAAGCUACUUGGCUGUCAGUACGGCUGGUCGCGGACGAUGGGAGAGUUACAUUUUAAACCAUCUUUUAACCAAAUAUUCACACUGCAUUUUUUCUGUAUUCUUUUUUUUCUUUUCUUACUACAUGACAAACUUAAUGGAUUGUACUAAUUCACAUUGUACACAUCUGUACAUGCAUGCUCACAGUAUCUCUGAAGUCAUAUUACUACCCUACAUGCAAGCUAUAUAUAUAUAUGUAUGUGUGUGUGUGUGUGUUUCACUAUGAUAUUACUGUUUCUGCCCUGGAAGAGGAGACUGUCUCACACCGCCAGUUCCUUAAAGUUCCAGUUUGUUUAUUUGUCAAAUGCAUACUACACGUGAUAUAGAGAAUACACAAUGUAAUUACAUGUUUACGUGUUGGUUUACCACAUAACAGUCACACAACAAUAUAUAUAUAUAUAUAUAUAUAUAUACAUAAACACAGUCACUUAGCAAGAAUACAUUAACUGAGUCAUGAUGUGCAUGUCUAGUGACAGGAGACUUCCAGCACUGACUCUUCCUCGACUGCUUGGGUGCUGUUGUAGAGAGGACAGAGUAUCUAGUACCUCCAGUGUGUGUCAGUGUGACAGGUGGCAGUUUAAUAAUGAUGGCUUAUAAUGACAUAUGGGAAUGGAAAGUUACAUUACUAAGUGCUAUCGAGUUGUGUUAGUCUUGGUUGCAAACGUCAAGGGAUUGUGAGUGAAAUCAAAUCAUUGAAUUGAUCAAAUGUAUUUUAUAAAGUCCUUUUUACAUCAGCACUUGUCACAAAGUGCUUUUACAGAUACCCAGCUUGAAACCCCGAAGAGCAAGCAAAAACCAAAUUGAUGCGCUGUGGCUAGGAAAAACUCCCUAGUGGCAUCGAAACAUAGGUGGAAACCUAUAGAGGAACCAAACUCUGAGGGGUGGCCAGUCCACCUCUGGUUGUGCUGGGUGAAGAUUAUAAGAGUACAUGACCUUUUGAGCCACAUCAGUGUUUUGCAUCACUGAAAUUAUGGCAGAGUUGACAAAGUGGGGGGGGGAUUCAAACUCAGUGUUCGUCUAUUUGAAUAGCUCUGUCUGUAUAUUUGUUUGUGCUUGUCGGACCUGGCAAGGGAUUAGGGUAGGGAGGAGGUGGUGAUUAGAAAACAUUAUUAGAUGCUGACACCGGAUGGAGCAGAACACGCAAUGCUAGGCUGAAAAGCUGUUUUCUACUAUUCUCGCUCUACCAUUGAAUAAACAAGACAGGAUGAAUCAAAGUAGCGAGAUUAAGGGCAGAAGGGUGCCUGGCUUAGACAGAGUAAUACAGAGGGGUGGGGCUCUUGUGCUCGUGUGUCUCUACGUCUGACCGACCUUGAUGAUGGGGCAGUGGUAGGGAGGGGUUGUCCCUGUGGAACACUGUUAAGAUAAUCAAUGAGGCAGGAAUCUGAUUAAAGAGAGUGCUUUCUUAGAGAGAGAGCAAUAGAGAGUGAGAGAAAGAGACAUGUGAAAGAGACAGAAAGCAACGAGAGGAUAUCCUGUGUGUGUAUGUGUGUGUGUGUAUGUGUGUGUAUUCAGAUUAUUUUUUUUUUUGUUAGGAUCAAAUAUCCCCACCAGAUCUAGGGAUAAGUGUUAGGGUUUGAGAAAUAAGAUAUGUACAAAAUGUUGGGGUCCCCCCAGCGAUAGAGAAGCAUUUUUUAUGUGUAUGUGUGGGUGUUUGUGUGUGGUUGUGUGUGUUGGGAGGGGUUUGGUGGCGGUGCGGUGCAGACAGGGAGGACAGGAGAGAUUAUGUCGAAAGCAACCAAAUAUAUUCCUUCAAAAAUAAGGUAGUUGUGCUGUAUUUUUAUUAAAUGCUAUGGCCAACGCUGAACACAGAUUAAAACAAAAAGCUGUGUUUACCCCAACCUCUAUAUAAUCCUCACUUCUGCCAAGUAGCUCCUGUAAUCCAGAGCAUGUCCUGUGUGUUUUAGUACAGAGAUGAAAAUGUGGCCGCGAAUAUUUCUACUCCAUUAUUUAUUUUGUUGUAUGUAAUAUAGUGUCACACAACAUUUUCAGUCCAUAUCCAGUUUUGUGUAAGAUAUUCAAAUUAUAACAGGAUUCUGUACAUACCCCCAUAGCAUAGUUUAGAGAAUGUAGCACAGCCAUUUUCUACUAAAUUGAGGUGCAAAUAUCCCCCUAUUAUUGGAAAAAAUAAUAACGCUUACUUUUUGGAGUUAAACUGAAUAACUAUUUUUGCCUAACUGCUUAUACAUACAAAUAAAAAACGACCUGAUUUAAACACCACUGUCAUGAUUAUUGAACGUGUCAAAGUUCAACCCAGUGCAGCCUGUAACAUUACAUACUCAUCUGUUAUAAACCAUUACUACACUGCCA